AUGGAGCUCGCGAACAGGGAUGUGGGCACCGGGGAGGACAGCAGAAAGAGAGAGGUGACAAACAUCCAGGUAUGGAGGGACAGGGGAGGUGGGAAUCUUUUGGGCACGCAAGGGCUGAGGGGGGACUGGCACAGGUUAUGACGGGCCCCAGAAUAAAGUUGUCAACGUGGGUCCUUGAAGCACGUAGCGAAUAUGGCUCCAACACUGCAUUUCAAUAAGUACCAUAGAAACUCCUAUAUUCUUCAUCUCGCUAAUGGAGCGUUCAGUAGAUGAACUAAUGGAUAGUAUUGAGUAUAUGACUGUAAUCUGAUUUAAUUCUAGAACUGAUGUGUGUGUGUUUUCUCCAGCUGCGUCUGGAGGCCCUACACCAGAUCGUGGCGCUGAUCUCUGGGAUGGAGGAGAAGAGUAACCAGGGGGCGGGGGUGGGGGGGGGGGGGGUUUGGGGUUUUAGCGGUCCAGGGGGUCGACCCAGCCCUGCGUCCCUUCCAGCCUCCUCCCUCGCCCUUGUGGGGUUACAUUUCCCGGGCGGAUUUUUUGGGUUUUAGGGACGGGUGGGAAACCGGGGGACUAAAAAGGGGGAGAUGCCCAGUUACCCCCAAAUCCCAAGGUAUGGGGGGAAAACUGGGGAGAGGGGGGUUUAGAAGGGGGGACCUUUGGGCACAUUUGGGUCUUAAAAAUGGGGGGACCGGGGGGCACAGUGGGUUUAGAAAAAUGGGGGGGCCGUGGGCAAGGGGGGGUCUUAGAAUGGGGGGCCCGGGGCAAGUGGGUCUUAAAAGGGGGGGGGACCGUGGGAAAACAGGGGUUUUUUAAAAUGGGGGGGCCCGUGGGCACAGGGGGUUUUGAAGGGGGGGGACCGUGGGCACAGUGGGUCUUAAAGGAAGGGGGGGGGGACCGGGGGGAAAGGGGUCUUAAAAUUUGGGGGGGACCUUGGGCAAGGGGUUUUAAAAGGGGGGGGGCCCGUGGGCCCAGGGGGUUUUAAAAUGGGGGGGGGGGGCCCGGGGGAAAGGGGUUUUAGAAUGGGGGGCCGUGGGCACGGGGGGUUUAGAAUGGGGGGGACCUUUGGGCACAGGGGGGGUCUUAGAGGGGGGGACCGGGGGGGCCACAGUGGGUUUUAAAAGGGGGGGGCCCUUUGGGCCACAGUGGGUUUUAGAAUUUGGGGGGACCGGGGCACAGUGGGUUUAGAAGGGGGGGGGAACUUUUGGGCACGGGGGGUUUGAGAAGGGGGGGCCCGUGGGCACAGGGGUCUUGAAGGGGGGGGCCCGGGGGCCACAGUGGGUUUGGGAAGGGGGGACCGUGGGCACAGUGGGUCUUAGAAUGGGGGGACCGUGGGCACAGUGGGUCUUAGAAUGGGGGGCCCUUUGGGCAAAAGGGGGUCUUAAAAUUGGGGGGGAGGGGGGCACAGGGGUUUUAGAAUGGGGGGCCCGUGGGACAGGGGGGUUCUUGAAGGGGGGGGGUUGGGGGGGUUUGUUGAUUUUGGGUUAAGGACAGGAUGGUCGGGCGUCCCCAUAAUGCUUUUGGUUUCAGGACAGGACUGUGGGGUCUGUCCCCAUAAUGAUGUUGUGUUGGUUCAGGACGGGAUCAGUCUGUCUCAUAAUGAUGAUGUGGUGGUUCAGGACAGGAUCAGUCUGUCUCAUAAUGAUGAGGGGUUUUGGUUUCGGGGACAGGAUCGGGCUUUUCGUAAUGAGGAUGUUUUGGGUUUCCCGGGCCCGGAUCAGCCGGUUCAUAAGGAGGGAAUGUUUUGGGGUCGGAGGGGGUUUUUAAAAGCAGAGAAGGGGGGGGCCUGCAGAUGGACUUUCCAGAAAAGGGGUUCAAAAAGUUUAAAGGCCGUGUCAGGCAUUUGGGAGAGGCCCUGAAAGGAAACAAAAAUAACAUGGGGAAAACUCAAAAUUUUAAAAAAAGCGGUUUCCCCUAUUGGGGAAGGGAAAAAAAAGGGGGGGUCCCGGAAAGGGACGGGGAAAAGGGUAAAGCGAAGAGGAGAGAAGGGGAGAGGAAGAGAGCGAAAAGGGAGGCGAGGAGAAGAAAAAGAGGGGAAGGAGGGAAAAAGAGGAAAAAAGGGGAGGAAAAAGGGGGAGGGAGGGAAAAGGGAGGGAGGAGGGAGUGAGGGGAGGGAGGGGCGGGGGGCGCAAAAUGGGGGCGCCGGGAGGGGAAAAAAAAUUUAAGGGAAAAACGGGGGCCCAAAAGGCAAAAAAGAAAAAGGGGGAAAAGUCAAAAGAAGGGGAAAAAAAGGGGGGGAAGACGGGGAGAAAAAGUAAGUAUCUAGAGAUUUAUUGAGAAAAGAUGUAUUCAAAAAGGGGGGGGAAGGGAAAUGGGUAGAAAAAAAAAAGAGAAGAAUAGAAAAAGUUUGGUUUUAAAGAUUAAAUUUUGGUUUAAAAAUUCUUUUUCUAUUAAAUAAUCUUUUUUCCCUUAUUAUCGGUUAGUAAACUCUCCUCUCCUCUAUCCUUUUCUCUCUCUCUCUUCUCUUCUUUUUUAGGUAAAAAUUUUCUACCUUUUCUCCCCCUUUCUCUUUUCCUCCCCUUGUCCCUCUCUCUCCUCUCUUUUUUCUUUUCCUUUUUAUUUUGGUAUCCAACGUCUUACCUUCUUUUUCUCUCCCGCCCCUCUUUACAGAGGCCCAGCAGCGCCUCCUGCUGGUGACAGUGUUUGCCCUGAGCGUGCGUUACCAGCCCGUGGACGUGUCCCUGGCCAUAUCCAGUGGCCUGCUCAAUGUGCUGUCACAGCUGUGUGGUACAGAAACCAUGCUGGGGCAACCACUACAGCUGCUUCAGAAACCAGGGGUGUCCCAGCUCAGCACUGCCCUGAAGGUGGCCUCCACACGACUACUGCAGAUACUGUCCAUCAGCACCGGGUGAGACAGGGCUCUCUGCGUUAACACACUGUUGAUAAAUGUUACGUAUCUGUGUCAUCAAAUGUGUCGUAUCUGGUUUAUCUAUAGGACCGGUUUCCCGGGUCAAGCCCUAUUCCUGGACUGAAAAGGACUUUCAACUGAGAUUGUCCUUUGAGCAUUUUUCUUAGUUCAUUAGUAGGCUCAAUCUUGAAACCUACCCAGAAAGAUUGUUGUUACUGGUCUCUGUAUCGACAAGCUUUCCAUGCUGUGUGACUGACUUAUCUCCGUGUCUCCAGGACGUAUGCAGACAAGCUGGGACCCAAGGUGGUCCAGUCCCUGUUGGACCUGCUGUGUAGCCAGCUGAAGAACCUUCUCUCCCAGGCAGGGGUCAGCCUGCUCGCUGCCUCCCCGGGGAAGAACCAGGAGAACCAGGACAAGAAGUCAGAGGAUGGAGCCGACCCAGAGAAGACAGACUUCAGAGGUAGGAGAGAUCUGCGUGGUAGUAGAGCAUUCACGCUGGGGCCACCCGUAUGUAAAAUGUAUUCAUGCAUGACUGUAAGUCGCUUUGGAUAAAAGUGUCUGCUAAAUGCCAUAUAUAAUACUAUUAUUAAAUGAUGAUUUAUAUAUUAGGAGGAGGAUUGUCUACCAUAAUGUGUUAUAGUGAUGGAUAGGUUGCUAAUGAUUUGGCUGACUAGAAUCAGUUGAUUUGGCUCGCUAGUUUUUUUAAUAGAUUUUGGGGGUAUUGGGGGAACUUCUGAAGUAUUGUCAAUACAGAUGGUAAUGGUGAAGGUGCGUAAAGAUGGCCAUUCAGACAGGAAGUCAUUGUUUUAGCGCCAUCCACUGAGUUUGUAUGUUACGGCGAGCGAUAUGGUUCAAUGUGUCAGCACAAUCUACUUUUUGGGGGUUUUCAAAUUGCCGGCGUCUUGGAGCUAGACUUGGGAUCAUGUAUACUCUGCUAAUGACCACACAAAAACAGAGUAACGGAGAGCGAUGUACAAUACGGAGAACAUAGCAAAACAAGAAAUUAGUGGAAAGUGCAUGUGGGGCGCCAUCUUUAUGCACCUCUGCUAUUGACUGGGUUGAUAGAUCAUUCUCUUCAUGUUGAAUGUGAGCCUUUGGUUCCACUUGGAGCUAAAACGUACAGUAAGUCACGAAUAAAGGGUUCUUCACCGUGCUGUGUUGUUGUGUUCCAUAGUGUUGGAGUGGAAACAGCACCCUGUAGAGCUUCACUCUGUAAUAUGGUGUUGUUGUAGUGGAAACAGCACCCUGUAGAGCUGCACUCUGUAAUAUGGUGUUGUUGUAGUGGAAACAGCACCCUGUAGAGCUUCACUCUGUAAUAUGGUGUUGUUGUUGUUGUGUUCCAUAGUGUUGUAGUGGAAACAGCACCCUGUAGAGCUUCACUCUGUAAUAUGGUGUUGUUGGAGUGGAAACAGCACCCUGUAGCGCUUCACUCUGUAAUAUGGUGUUGUUGGAGUGGAAACAGCACCCUGUAGCGCUUCACUCUGUAAUAUGGUGUUGUUGUAGUGGAAACAGCACCCUGUAGAGCUUCACUCUGUAAUAUGUUGUUGUUGUAGUGGAAACAGCACCCUGUAGAGCUUCACUCUGUAAUAUGGUGUUGUUGGAGUGGAAACAGCACCCUGUAGAGCUUCACUCUGUAACAUGUUGUUGUUGUUGUGUUCCAUAGUGUUGGAGUGGAAACAGCACCCUGUAGCGCUGCACUCUGUAAUAUGGUGUUGUUGUAGUGGAAACAGCACCCUGUAGAGCUUCACUCUAUAAUAUGUUGUUGUGUUGCGUAGUGUUGUAGUGGAAACAGCACCCUGUAGAGCUUCACUCUGUAACAUGUUGUUGUUGUUGUUGUUGAUGUGUUGGAGUGGAAACAGCACCCUGUAGCGCUUCACUCUGUAACAUGUUGUUGUUGUUGUUGUUGAUGUGUUGGAGUGGAAACAGCACCCUGUAGAGCUUCACUCUGUAAUAUGUUGUUGUUGUUGAUGUGUUGUAGUGGAAACAGCACCCUGUAGAGCUUCACUCUGUAAUAUGUUGUUGUUGUUGUUGUGUUCCAUAGCGUUGGUGCGUAAGCAGCAUACAGCAGAGCUUCACCUGGGAGACUUCCUGGUGUUCCUGAGACGAGUGGUCUCCUCCAAGGCCAUCCAAUCCAAGAUGUCUUCCCCAAAGUGGACAGAGGUGCUGCUCAAUAUCGCGGCACAGAAAUGCUGCUCAGGUACCGUCCAAUAAACUGUGUUUGUACAUUAAAAUAGAUGAUGCUAAAUCACUAGUCUGUACCCUAUAAGUGUAGAUGUUUAUUUGCAUAGACUUGAACAUAGCCUAGAUAUGCACCGCCGCCUCCAACCUUUUAAUAUCAUUCCUGACCGACAUCAGGACAGAAGUAAGGAGCACAAGGCCUCCAUUUUCGCCAAUGUCCUCCGUUCAGUAUGUUAUUUGUCAAAGCUCAGGUCAAACGGAUGAAGGUGUUGGUGUAUGUUAAUAAAGUCUUAGCCCGUACAUUAAAUGUUUUUUAAACUUUCAAACCCACACGAGUGCCUGGCUUUGGAUUUGUUAUGCCCCUUAGAACCUAUUUGCGUUCAUUUUUCCUUUUGCUUUUCAAUGACUAGUGUUAUUGUUGUUUGUCUGUAGGAGUCCCUCUGGUGGGCAACCUGAGAACUCGUCUCCUGGCCCUUCACGUUCUAGAGGCUGUGCUGCCUGCCUGCGAGGCCAGUGUAGAGGGCGACCAGAUGACACAGGUACUGCAGCUGUACGCAGAGUGAAGCCUCGCAAAAACUGAUCAACUGAGUGACUAUUCAGGUCCCGAUAACAGGAUUGGAUCAUGUAACUGAUAAAGGCGUGUGUUCCACCUCUAGGUGGUGGAGCGUCUCUUCUCCCUGCUGUCUGACUGUAUGUGGGACGCUCCCAUCGCCCAGGCCAAGCACACCAUCCAGAUGGAAGAGAAAGAGAAGGAGCUCAAACUACAGGUACAGGUUAACUCAUAAUACACUCUCUAUCACUGCUACAUCACUGCUUCUUCUUCUUCUUCUUCUUCUUCUUCUUCUUCUUCUUCUUCUUCUUCUGCUUCUUCUUCUUUGUUGUCUUCUUCUUCUUCUUCUUCUUCUUCUUCUUCGUUGUCUUCUUCUUCUUCUUCUUCUUCUUCUUCUUCUUCUUCUUCUUCGUUGUCUUCUUUGUUGUCUUCUUCUUCUUCUUCGUUGUCUUCUUCGUUGUCUUCUUCUUCUUCUUCUGCUUCUUCUUCUUCUUUUCUGCUUCUUUCUUCUUCUUCUUCUUCUUCUUCUUCUUCUGAUUCGUCUAUCUGUCCCAUCCCCAGGGUGAGGAGGAGGAUGAGAACCUGCCUAUCCAGGAGGUGUCGUUUGACCCGGAGAAGACUCAGUGUUGUGUGGUGGAGAAUGGCCAGGGUCUGACCCACGGCAACGGGGGGAAGGGAUAUGGACUGGCCUCUACCGGCAUCUCCUCUGGAUGUUACCAGUGGAAGGUACAGUACAUCUCCUCUGGGUGCUACCAGUGGAAGGGACAGUACAUCUACACUCUUACACAACACUGGUACCAAGACCUUUAGGUGAGACAAUGGCCAGACUCCUUACUGAAUGAGUAGGUCUAAAGGAAGAAGACAUGUUAAACAUUGAAGGAAGACUGAAGCAGAUAAACAGCAGAUAAACAGCAGAUAAACAGCAGAUAAACAGUAGAUAAACAGCAGAUAAACAGCAGAUAAACAGCAGAUAAACAGCAGAUAAGCAGCAGAUAAGCAGCAGAUAAGCAGCAGAUAAGCAGCAGUUAAGCAGCAGAUAAACAGCAGAUAACAGUUUGUGGUCCUUUUGUAGCUCAGUUGGUAGAGCAUGGUGUUUGUAACGCCAGGGUAGUGGGUUUGAUUCCCGGGACCACCCAUAUGUAAAAUGUAUGCACACGUGACUGUAAGUCGCUUUGGAAUAAAAGCAUCUGCAAAAUGGCGUAUGUUAUAUUAUUAAAAGAGUGCAGCGUAAUAAUUCCCGAGCCCUCAAAGACCAACAUAACAUAGGAGAUUUCAUCUAAUGGCUGUUUAAAAAGUCAACGUGUGCUGGUCGAUGCCUGGUAAUUGUGUUCUUUAAGGUAUUACCAAACAACAUUCUGUCACAGUUGUGAGCUGGGGUAUUAAAAUGUACCGUCAUACUCCAGUCUCCUUUUCACCUCAUUUAACACCUGAUUACUUAACAAGAGGCACAUCUCAACAUGCCAUGACACAGUGGGGGUAAGGUGGGUGGGUGGGGGGGGGGGGCUUUCCUCUUUUGUUCUCAAGCAAGUGGGAGACCAAUGACAUCAAUGGGCACCAUUAGACCAACUCCUUCAAUGCCCGACUCUGUGAAGUUUGCAAUUGUGUCAAAAAUUUUGCUCCAAAGAUUUUCUUUGACCUUGAAUUUAUACUUGCUUUUCAACAGGAGAAUGUGUGUAAAGUGUAUUGAGACAUGAAAUGUACUAUAAAUAAAAUGAGACUUGGACUAGAUAGAGGUACACGAUGGGUCUGAUAGCCAAUGAGAGGAAAGCAACGCCUUAGGCCUCUGUAACAUCACGUGUUUCUAUCAGCAGUAAAGUCCCAGUGACAGGCUGUGGCCCGAAUAGGGAAGAGAGUGGCUUUUGGGACACAGCCUGAGCUUCCAGGUAUCACAAGGCUGAGGAGGCCGCAGCCAUCUGUUAGACUAGAGGAAGAACACGCCCUGCCAGAAACAGGAUGGAGAAACAGUCAGCUCUGCUCUGAGGCCUUCAGCCAAACAGCCAUCAAACACGCCCUGCCAGAAACAGGAUGGAGAAACAGUCAGCUCUGCUCUGAGGCCUUCAGCCAAACAGCCAUCAAACACGCCCUGCCAGAAACAGGAUGGAGAAACAGUCAGCUCUGCUCUGAGGCCUUCAGCCAAACAGCCAUCAAACACGCCCUGCCAGAAACAGGAUGGAGAAACAGUCAGCUCUGCUCUGAGGCCUUCAGCCAAACAGCCAUCAAACACGCCCUGACAGAAACAGGAUGGAGAAACAGUCAGCUCUGCUCUGAGGCCUUCAGCCAAACAGCCAUCAAACACGCCCUGCCAGAAACAGGAUGGAGAAACAGUCAGCUCUGCUCUGAGGCCUUCAGCCAAACAGCCAUCAAACACGCCCUGCCAGAAACAGGAUGGAGAAACAGUCAGCUCUGCUCUGAGGCCUUCAGCCAAACAGCCAUCAAACACGCCCUGCCAGAAACAGGAUGGAGAAACAGUCAGCUCUGCUCUGAGGCCUUCAGCCAAACAGCCAUCAAACACGCCCUGCCAGAAACAGGAUGGAGAAACAGUCAGCUCUGCUCUGAGGCCUUCAGCCAAACAGCCAUCAAACACGCCCUGCCAGAAACAGGAUGGAGAAACAGUCAGCUCUGCUCUGAGGCCUUCAGCCAAACAGCCAUCAAACACGCCCUGACAGAAACAGGAUGGAGAAACAGUCAGCUCUGCUCUGAGGCCUUCAGCCAAACAGCCAUCAAACACGCCCUGCCAGAAACAGGAUGGAGAAACAGUCAGCUCUGCUCUGAGGCCUUCAGCCAAACAGCCAUCAAACACGCCCUGCCAGAAACAGGAUGGAGAAACAGUCAGCUCUGCUCUGAGGCCUUCAGCCAAACAGCCAUCAAACACGCCCUGCCAGAAACAGGAUGGAGAAACAGUCAGCUCUGCUCUGAGGCCUUCAGCCAAACAGCCAUCAAACACGCCCUGCCAGAAACAGGAUGGAGAAACAGUCAGCUCUGCUCUGAGGCCUUCAGCCAAACAGCCAUCAAACACGCCCUGCCAGAAACAGGAUGGAGAAAACAGUCAGCUCUGCUCUGAGGCCUUCAGCCAAACAGCCAUCAAACACGCCCUGCCAGAAACAGGAUGGAGAAACAGUCAGCUCUGCUCUGAGGCCUUCAGCCAAACAGCCAUCAAACACGCCCUGCCAGAAACAGGAUGGAGAAACAGUCAGCUCUGCUCUGAGGCCUUCAGCCAAACAGCCAUCAAACACGCCCUGCCAGAAACAGGAUGGAGAAACAGUCAGCUCUGCUCUGAGGCCUUCAGCCAAACAGCCAUCAAACACGCCCUGCCAGAAACAGGAUGGAGAAACAGUCAGCUCUGCUCUGAGGCCUUCAGCCAAACAGCCAUCAAACACGCCCUGCCAGAAACAGGAUGGAGAAACAGUCAGCUCUGCUCUGAGGCCUUCAGCCAAACAGCCAUCAAACACGCCCUGCCAGAAACAGGAUGGAGAAACAGUCAGCUCUGCUCUGAGGCCUUCAGCCAAACAGCCAUCAAACACGCCCUGCCAGAAACAGGAUGGAGAAACAGUCAGCUCUGCUCUGAGGCCUUCAGCCAAACAGCCAUCAAACACGCCCUGCCAGAAACAGGAUGGAGAAACAGUCAGCUCUGCUCUGAGGCCUUCAGCCAAACAGCCAUCAAACACGCCCUGCCAGAAACAGGAUGGAGAAACAGUCAGCUCUGCUCUGAGGCCUUCAGCCAAACAGCCAUCAAACACGCCCUGCCAGAAACAGGAUGGAGAAACAGUCAGCUCUGCUCUGAGGCCUUCAGCCAAACAGCCAUCAAACACGCCCUGCCAGAAACAGUAUGGAGAAACAGUCAGCUCUGCUCUGAGGCCUUCAGCCAAACAGCCAUCAAACACGCCCUGCCAGAAACAGGAUGGAGAAACAGUCAGCUCUGCUCUGAGGCCUUCAGCCAAACAGCCAUCAAACACGCCCUGCCAGAAACAGGAUGGAGAAACAGUCAGCUCUGCUCUGAGGCCUUCAGCCAAACAGCCAUCAAACACGCCCUGCCAGAAACAGGAUGGAGAAACAGUCAGCUCUGCUCUGAGGCCUUCAGCCAAACAGCCAUCAAACACGCCCUGCCAGAAACAGUAUGGAGAAACAGUCAGCUCUGCUCUGAGGCCUUCAGCCAAACAGCCAUCAAACACGCCCUGCCAGAAACAGGAUGGAGAAACAGUCAGCUCUGCUCUGAGGCCUUCAGCCAAACAGCCAUCAAACACGCCCUGCCAGAAACAGGAUGGAGAAACAGUCAGCUCUGCUCUGAGGCCUUCAGCCAAACAGCCAUCAAACACGCCCUGCCAGAAACAGGAUGGAGAAACAGUCAGCUCUGCUCUGAGGCCUUCAGCCAAACAGCCAUCAAACACGCCCUGCCAGAAACAGGAUGGAGAAACAGUCAGCUCUGCUCUGAGGCCUUCAGCCAAACAGCCAUCAAACACGCCCUGCCAGAAACAGGAUGGAGAAAACAGUCAGCUCUGCUCUGAGGCCUUCAGCCAAACAGCCAUCAAACACGCCCUGCCAGAAACAGGAUGGAGAAACAGUCAGCUCUGCUCUGAGGCCUUCAGCCAAACAGCCAUCAAACACGCCCACUGUCCCGUCUACUUGCUAAUGAAUGUUUGAGAUGAAAUGGCAUGUGAAAACACGCCCACUGUCCCGUUGCUAAUGUUUGAGAUGUUUGAGAUGAAAUCCAGGCUCUGUCGCAGCCGGCCGCGACCGGGAGAUUCAUGGGCGGCGCACAAUUGGCCCAGCGUCGUCCAGGGUAGGGGAGGGAAUGGCCGGCAGGGAUGUAGCUCAGUUGAUAGAGCAUGGCGUUUGCAACGCCAGGGUUGUGUGUUCGUUUCCCACGGGGGGCCAGUAUAAAAAAAAUAUGUAUUCACUAACUGUAAGUCGCUCUGGAUAAGAGCGUCUGCUAAAUGACUAAAAUGUAAAUGUAAUGAAAUGGCAUGUGAAAACACGCCCACUGUCCCGUUGCUAAUGUUUGAGGGGAAAUGGCAUGUGAAAACACACCCACUGUCCCGUUGCUAAUGUUUGAGAUGAAAUGGCAUGUGAAAACACGCCCACUGUCCCGUUGCUAAUGUUUGAGAUGAAAUGGCAUGUGAAAACACGCCCACUGUCCCGUUGCUAAUGUUUGAGAUGAAAUGGCAUGUGAAAACACGCCCACUGUCCCGUUGCGAAUGUUUGAGGGGAAAUGGCAUGUGAAAACAGACCCACUGUCCCGUUGCUAAUGUUUGAGAUGAAAUGGCAUGUGAAAACACGCCCACUGUCCCGUUGCUAAUGUUUGAGGGGAAAUGGCAUGUGAAAACACGCCCACUGUCCCGUUGCUAAUGUUUGAGGGGAAAUGGCAUGUGAAAACACGCCCACUGUCCUGUUGCUAAUGUUUGAGGGGAAAUGGCAUGUGAAAACACGCCCACUGUCCCGUUGCUAAUGUUUGAGAUGAAAUGGCAUGUGAAAACACGCCCACUGUCCCGUUGCUAAUGUUUGAGAUGAAAUGGCAUGUGAAAACAUGCCCACUGUCCCGUUGCUAAUGUUUGAGGGGAAAUGGCAUGUGAAAACACGCCCACUGUCCCGUUGCUAAUGUUUGAGAUGAAAUGGCAUGUGAAAACACGCCCACUGUCCCGUUGCUAAUGUUUGAGGGGAAAUGGCAUGUGAAAACACGCCCACUGUCCCGUUGCUAAUGUUUGAGGGGACAUGGCAUGUGAAAACAUGCCCACUGUCCCGUUGCUAAUGUUUGAGGGGAAAUGGCAUGUGAAAACACGCCCACUGUCCCGUUGCUAAUGUUUGAGGGGAAAUGGCUUGUGAAAACACGCCCACUGUCCCGUUGCUAAUGUUUGAGGGGAAAUGGCUUGUGAAAACACGCCCACUGUCCCGUUGCUAAUGUUUGAGGGGAAAUGGCAUGUGAAAACACGCCCACUGUCCCGUUGCUAAUGUUUGAGAUGAAAUGGCAUGUGAAAACACGCCCACUGUCCCGUUGCUAAUGUUUGAGAUGAAAUGGCAUGUGAAAACACGCCCACUGUCCCGUUGCUAAUGUUUGAGGGGAAAUGGCAUGUGAAAACACGCCCACUGUCCCGUUGCUAAUGUUUGAGGGGACAUGGCAUGUGAAAACAUGCCCACUGUCCCGUUGCUAAUGUUUGAGGGGAAAUGGCAUGUGAAAACACGCCCACUGUCCCGUUGCUAAUGUUUGAGGGGAAAUGGCUUGUGAAAACACGCCCACUGUCCCGUUGCUAAUGUUUGAGGGGAAAUGGCUUGUGAAAACACGCCCACUGUCCCGUUGCUAAUGUUUGAGGGGAAAUGGCAUGUGAAAACACGCCCACUGUCCCGUUGCUAAUGUUUGAGAUGAAAUGGCAUGUGAAAACACGCCCACUGUCCCGUUGCUAAUGUUUGAGAUGAAAUGGCAUGUGAAAACACGCCCACUGUCCCGUUGCUAAUGUUUGAGAUGUCAUGUGGCAGCCGUCAGAAGAGCGUAUGUCCUGCUGGUCAUCCAGCCUCUCUGGUCAUAGGAAAGCAGAAUUACAGUGGUUGAAAUAAACUACUGUAGAAUAGCAAUCCUUUGUUUUGUUGUGUGAGUAAAUGUCCUAUACACACUCAGUUUUCAGGAUGUGAACAACAACAUGCAGUAUAUUUUCCUUCUACCAGCAACUGACUGCAGACAUCCGGGUAACUGGCAAAAUAAAGGAAACGCUUGAGUAAAUGAGGGAUACAAAGUAUAUUGAAAGCAGGUGCUUCCACACAGGUGUGGUUCCUGAGUUAAUAAAGCAAUUAACAUCCCAUCAUGCUUAGGGUCAUGUAUAAAAAUGCCCAGUUGCCCAUUAUUUUGACUAGCAUGGCUAGAAGAAGAGAUCUCAGUGACUUUGAAAGAGGGGUUCUCAUAGGAGCGUAGGGGGUUUAAAGGGAGUUUAUGUGUCUCAGUCACCAGAUCUCAACCCAAUUGAACACUUAUUGGAGAUUCUGGAGCGGCGCCUGAGGCAGCGUUUACCACCACCAUCAACAAAACACCAAAUGAUGGCAUUUCUCAUGGAAGAAUUGUGUCACAUCCCUCCAAGAGUUCCAGACACUUGUAGAAUAUAUUCCAAGGUGCAUUGAAGCUUUUCUGGCUUGUGGUGGCCCAACGCCCUAUUAAGACACUUUAUGUUGGUGUUUCCUUUAUUUUGGCAGUUACCUGUAGCUACAAUCUUUCAUUAAUGAGCUCCCGUGCUGCAGCGUCUUCAUUAAUGAGCUCCCGUGCUGCUGCGUCUUUAUUCAUGAGCUCCCGUGCUGCUUCGUCUUCAUUAAUGAGCUCCCGUGCUGCUGUGUCUUCAUUAAUGAGCUCCCGCGCUGCAGCGUCUUCAUUAAUGAGCUCCCGAGCUGCUGCGUCUUCAUUAAUGAGCUCCCGUGCUGCUGCGUCUUCAUUCAUGAGCUCCCGUGCUGCUUCGUCUUCAUUAAUGAGCUCCCGUGCUGCUGCGUCUUCAUUCAUGAGCUCCCGUGCUGCUUCGUCUUCAUUAAUGAGCUCCCGUGCUGCUGCGUCUUCAUUAAUGAGCUCCCGUGCUGCUGCGUCUUCAUUGAUGAACUUCCGUGCUGCUGCGUCUUCAUUAAUGAGCUCCCGUGCUGGCUGCGUCUUCAUUAAUGAGCUCCCGUGCUGCUGCGUCUUCAUUAGUGAGCUCCCGUGCUGGCUGCGUCUUCAUUAAUGAGCUCCCGUGCUGCAGCGUCUUCAUUAAUGAGCUCCCGUGCUGCUGCGUCUUUAUUCAUGAGCUCCCGUGCUGCUUCGUCUUCAUUAAUGAGCUCCCGUGCUGCUGUGUCUUCAUUAAUGAGCUCCCGCGCUGCAGCGUCUUCAUUAAUGAGCUCCUGUGCUGCUGCGUCUUCAUUAAUGAGCCCCCGUGCUGCUGCGUCUUCAUUAAUGAGCUCCCGUGCUGGCUGCGUCUUCAUUAAUGAGCUCCUGUGCUGCUGCGUCUUCAUUAAUGAGCUCCCGUGCUGCUUCGUCUUCAUUAAUGAGCUCCCGUGCUGCUGUGUCUUCAUUAAUGAGCUCCCGUGCUGGCUGCGUCUUCAUUAAUGAGCUCCUGUGCUGCUGCGUCUUCAUUAAUGAGCCCCCGUGCUGCUGCGUCUUCAUUAAUGAGCUCCCGUGCUGCUGCGUCUUCAUUAAUGAGCACCCAUGCUGCUGCGUCUUCAUUAAUGAGCUCCCGUGCUGGCUGCGUCAUCAUUAAUGAGCUCCCGUGCUGGCUGCGUCUUCAUUAAUGAGCUCCCGUGCUGGCUGCGUCUUCAUUCGUGAGUUCCCGUGCUGGCUGCGUCUUCAUUCAUGAGCUCCCGUGCUGGCUGCGUCUUCAUUAAUGAGCUCCCGUGCUGGCUGCGUCUUCAUUAAUGAGCUCCCGUGCUGGCUGCGUCUUCAUUGAUGAGCUCCCGUGCUGGCUGCGUCUUCAUUAAUGAGCUCCCGUGCUGGCUGCGUCUUCAUUGAUGAGCUCCCGUGCUGGCUGCGUCUUCAUUAAUGAGCUCCCGUGCUGGCUGCGUAUUCAUUAAUGAGAUCCCGUGCUGGCUGCGUCUUCAUUAAUGAGCUCCCGUGCUGCGUCUUCAUUAAUGAGGUCCCGUGCUGGCUGCGUAAUGCACCUUAUGUCAGGUGUUUCCUGUAUCUCAUAACAUUUUGUCUGUUUGUUUCUUUCUGUAGUUCUACAUUGUGAAGGAGAACCGUGGGAACGAGGGGACGUGUGUCGGGGUGUCCCGUUGGCCUGUCCAUGACUUCAACCACCGCACCACGUCAGACAUGUGGCUGUACCGGGCCUACAGCGGGAACCUGUACCACAACGGAGAGCAGACACUCACCCUCUCAUCCUUCACCCAGGGAGACUACAUCAGCUGUGUGUUGGACAUGGAGGCACGCACCAUCUCCUUCGGGAAGAACGGAGAGGUGAGUGGAUAAUGCUAGAACUAUCAGUUUUGCCUUUUCCCCCUCAGUUUUGAGUUGCUUUUCACCGUGGCUGGUCAUUCGAGACGGAUUAUCUUCCCAAAACAAUUAAACCUAGAGACACCAGGGUGUCGUCGUAACUCCCCCCUUCCGAGUCUGAAACCUAGAGACUAGAGACACCAGGGUGUCGUCGUAACUCCCCCCACCCCCCAAGUCUGAAACCUAGAGACUAGAGACACCAGGGUGACGUCGUAACUCCCCCCACCCCCCAAGUCUGAACCCUAGAGACUAGAGACACCAGGGUGUUUGAGACCGUCUCUGCUGUGUUUACAGAAGCCUGUUAUUGUUCUCCACAGGAGCCCAAGUUAGCCUUUGAGGACGUGGACGCCGCGGAGCUCUACCCCUGUGUCAUGUUCUACAGCAGCAACCCUGGAGAGAAGAGAAGGUAAGACUACCAGCGCUGAACCUAGAACAGAACCACAGAGCUCUACCCCUGUGUCAUGUUCUACAGCAGCAACCCUGGGAGAGGUAAGACACCAGGUGAACCUAGAACCACAGAGCUUAAUGUUCUACAGCAGAACGCUGGAGAGAAGGUAAGACUACCAGCGCUGAACAGAACCACAGGCUCUACCCCUGGUCAUGUUCUACAGCAGCACCCUGGAGAGAAGGACUACCAGACGGAACCUGAACCACAGAGUUACCCUGUGUAAGUCUACCAGCGCUGAACCUUGAACCACAGAGCUCUACCCCUGUGUCAUGUUCUACAGCAGCAACCCUGGAGAGAAGGUAAGACUACCAGCGCUGAACCUAGAACCACAGAGCUCUACCCCUGUGUCAUGUUCUACAGCAGCAACCCUGGAGAGAAGGUAAGACUACCAGCGCUGAACCUAGAACCACAGAGCUCUACCCCUGUGUCAUGUUCUACAGCAGCAACCCUGGAGAGAAGGUAAGACUACCAGCGCUGAACCUAGAACCACAGAGCUCUACCCCUGUGUCAUGUUCUACAGCAGCAACCUGGAGAGAAGGUAAGACUACCAGCGCUGAACCUAGAACCACAGAGCUCUACCCCUGUGUCAUGUUCUACAGCAGCAACCCUGGAGAGAAGGUAAGACUACCAGCGCUGAACCUAGAACCACAGAGCUCUACCCCUGUGUCAUGUUCUACAGCAGCAACCCUGGAGAGAAGGUAAGACUACCAGCGCUGAACCUAGAACCUUGUUAAAUCUAGAACCUAGUUAAACCAUGUUACAUUUAGAACCUAGUUAAACCUAGAACCUUGUUAAUUCUAGAACCUAGUUAAAUCUAGAACCUAGUUAAACCUUUUUAAAUCUAGAACCUAGUUAAAUCUAGAACCUUGUUAAAUCUAGAACCUAGUUAAAUCUAGAACCUUGUUAAAUCUAGAACAUUGUUAAAUCUAGAACCUUGUUAAAUCUAGAACCUAGUUAAACCUAGAACCUAGUUAAACCUAGAACAUUGUUAAAUCUAGAACCUAGUUAAAUCUAGAACCUUGUUAAAUCUAGAACCUUGUUAAAGCUAGAACCUAGUUAAAUCUAGAACCUAGUUAAACCUCAACUGUAAGGUUUGUUCAAAUGACUGGUUAGAUUUUUCUAUCUUGCCGUUGUUUGUUCAACCUCUGUCAUUGUUACCUUCGGCCUGUCAUGUUUUUAGGUUAUUCAAAAACAACUUCCAACCUUCUGAGAACUCAGUUGGAUAAAUUCAUUGUUUGAUCAUGAAGUAGCGUGCAGGGAUGGGCAAGAGUAAUCCAGUUCUCCAACAGACGUCAAAACUCCAUCUUUAACCAGAGUUCACAUUGUUUUCAAAUACUGUAAAACUAUUUGGUGGAAUGUGCUUUGUGGCAAAUGACCAUUACCCUCACAAUUUUUUUUUUUUAUUGUCUUGAAGACGACGUUAAUGUGCUUUGACUCUAGUGUUCCAUUUGUACAUGUGCAUUUGCGGGGCACAACAAAAAAGAAACCAUGCCAAGCGUCACACAGUUCUUCCCCCUAAAUUCCCUUUCCCCUCUGUGUCUCUUUCACUCAAAUGCGUUCCGACCGCUCCCUCUACACACGCCUGCUGAGUGCUCACCCAAGCUCCCGUUAGGCCUACAGAAAUAAAUGCCUAUACAAAUGUAUCUAACUGAUGGGAUACACAAGCUACAUUCCUUGCCAAAGGACGAAUGACAAAUUCAAAAUGGACUGGUUGAUUGAAGUAGGAAAAUAUAUGUUCAAACAACGAGCUGCAGUUUUGGAAUAAUUGCAUCACGUCUAUUUUCCGCGUAUGCUACUUUGCGAACUGCUAGCGUCAUUUAGAAUUGGUUAGCCUCGGCUAUAAACCCCCCUAAACAUAGACAGGUUAGUUAGCCUCGGCUAUAAACCCCCCUUAACAUAGACAGGUUAGUUAGCCUCGGCUAUAAACCCCCCUAAACAUAGACAGGUUAGUUAGCCUCGGCUAUAAACCCCCCCUUAACAUAGACAGGUUAGUUAGCCUCGGCUAUAAACCCCCCCUUAACAUAGACAGGUUAGUUAGCCUCGGCUAUAAACCCCCCCUUAACAUAGACAGGUUAGUUAGCCUCGGCUAUAAACCCCCCUUAACAUAGACAGGUUAGUUAGCCUCGGCUAUAAACCCCCCUUAACAUAGACAGGUUAGUUAGCCUCGGCUAUAAACCCCCCUUAACAUAGACAGGUUAGUUAGCCUCGGCUAUAAACCCCCCUAAACAUAGACAGGUUAGUUAGCCUCGGCUAUAAACCCCCCUUAACAUAGACAGGUUAGUUAGCCUCGGCUAUAAACCCCCCUUAACAUAGACAGGUUAGUUAGCCUCGGCUAUAAACCCCCCUUAACAUAGACAGGUUAGUUAGCCUCGGCUAUAAACCCCCCUUAACAUAGACAGGUUAGUUAGCCUCGGCUAUAAACCCCCCUUAACAUAGACAGGUUAGUUAGCCUCGGCUAUAAACCCCCCUAAACAUAGACAGGUUCCACACUGAAAAUACGCAAAAACAUAAGUUUGAUAAAGACGGAGCAUAUUUUCAUCAGAAUCAUUAAGCCUAGGCCUACUCACCAAACAGAUGUUGUGGCCGUAAUUCAUCACCAUGCAAUGUUCCAUGUGGAAUUGUUAAUCCAUUUAGAAAAUUCAAAAGAACAUCCUGAAUAAACUCUAUCGAAAAGAAGACCGGUUUUGGUUUGUAACCCAGAAAUGUUUUUUUUUUUUUCAGCUCGCCAAAUUGAGCCCCGUUUCAAAUGAUCACUUAGAGAAUAACUGUCCCAGAUGCAAGAUGCGCAUCACUUUGCACUACUUUGCACUGGCAACUUUUUUCAUUUGUAAAAAAAUAUUUUUACUAUAAAAUAGGUGUGUCUUGACUGUGAUAAGGGCCUCGGGAAAUAAGAGCGUCUUGUCUGCUAAAUGAACAAAGCAAGGCUAUGCCAUUGCACAGCCGGAGGCUUUCUACAAGCAAGCGCAUUCUGCUUCCCGGUCAGCUCUAUACUGCCUCUCUGUCUCCAGGUAAAGAUCUGUGAUAUGCAGAUGCGGGGUACCCCUCGUGACCUCCUGGCUGGUGAUCCUAUCUGCAGCCCUGUGGCCACAGUCCUGGCUGAGGCCACUACACAGCUCAUCAGGAUCCUGCACCGCACGGACCACUGGACUCACUGCAUCAACAACAUCAUGAUGGAGAGGUUACACAAGAUCAAACCCUGCUUCAGAGACGCAGCCAACGGUACUGGAGGAGGAGGUGAGAGGAGAGGUGAGGAGAGGGGGAGAGGAGAGGAGAGGAGAGGAGAGGAGAGGGAGAGGAGAGGAGAGGAGAGGAGAGGAGAGGAGAGGAGAGGAGAGGAGAGGAGAGGAGAGGAGGAGAGGAGAGGAGGAGAGAGGGGGGAGGAGAGGAGAGGAGAGGAGAGGGAGGGGAGAGGAGAGAGGGAGAGGGGAGAGGGAGAGGAGAGGGAGUGA